AAUUUUUGAAAAUUAUGAUUGGAUCAGAAAGCCGAGUUUUUUAUAAUUUUGUAUAUAAACACUUUCUAGUCUUAUUUCAGAAUCCAAAUAAAAAUAAAUUAUUCCAAAAAUAAAACUUUUAGAACAUAAAUUAUAAAUUGGUUGAAUUGAAAUUUUUUUGUUCCCUCAAAGCAAGCCUCUCAACAUUCAUAACAUUUCCCGCAUUUUUUUUUUCAGAAUUCCCGCUCUUUUAGUUAACCAAUGAAACAAGUAUUUUGAAAUUGGAAGCCCUAAACAAACUGUGCCAAAACAACGCCCCUUUCUAACAUAUCCAUGGCGUCGACUUUGAUUCUCUCGAACUAGGGUUUAUCCUUCCACCAAAUAUACAUACAUGAUACAUUCACCAAUUAUGAAAGGUAACAAGCAUAAAUUCCCAUACGUACGCCAAUCAGAUAUGAAAGUCACCAAGCAAAAAAAAUCCCCCAAAAUGGAGGUAGAAUUCCUAAAAAAUCUGCCAUCGGAGAUCGUCAUCGAAAUUCUAUCAAGGCUUCCGAUUAGAACAAUCGGAAUCUGCAAGCGUGUUCGUAGGUCAUGGCGAGAUCUGCUCAGGACUCGUGAGUUUGCCGAUUCGCAUCUCUCCAAAUCGGUCCAAGGAAUGGUUGUAUGUACUGAAUUCGACUAUUACGAAAUUUUCGCAUUUGAAGAUGAACUCGAUCUCGAAGAUCCCGAUCGUAACUACGAUUCAUUAACCAGUUUCGAUUGCAGUCGAUUGGGCCUUAGCAUCUGCGAUCUAAGAGGUUCCGUUAACGGCUUGCUUUUUAUGCACCCGUUGAGCUCUAUAUCCUCUGAUUAUUACAUAUGCAAUCCAUUAACUCGCGAGUAUAUCGGGUUCCCGUACGAGCAGAGGCUGCUCGACGAAGAUUUUAACGGAACGGUAAAUUACGGAUUCGGGGUGAGCAAAGUGAGUGGCCAGUAUAAGGUGGUUAAGGUUGUUCAUGUUAACAAACCUAUUUGCCACGUGUACACUCUCGGAACAGGGAAAUGGAGAAGAAUUGCGUGUGAUGCCAAGUUGGGAAAGAACGAUUACUCGACUGGUGCGUUUCUUAAUGGAUGUAUUCACUGGUUUAUACAAAGCUCUCAUUCGAUUUCGUGCUUCGAUCUCGAGACGGAAACUUUCAGCACGUUUGCUCAUCCGGCUCGUCCGGCGUGGGAAAGACAGCUUCUGAACCUAGUAGCUUUGGGCGAAUACUUAUGUAUAUGCGACAACACACAUGAAUAUGAAAUCGCGUUUUGGGUUAUGAAGGAAUACGGAAACGACAAAUCUUGGACGAAGGAAUUCGUUAUUCGAAAAGGUUACGGUGAACGACCUCGUGGACUCGUUCAUCCUAUCAAACUUUUCGAAGACGGACACGUGUUGAUGACGUGGCAGCAAGACUCGAGCUGGUUCUGCGACAUGUUCUAUUACUCGAACAAAACGAAAACUACUCAAAAGAACCAAAUGUUCAUGUCUAGUGUUGGUGGUCCGAUGCAGGCGAUGCUUUAUACGCCGAGCUUUCUUUCGCUCAAAAGUUUCCCGAAAGAGGAUGCGGCCGAAUUCGUCCAUUUUGGGUGAACGGUUGUAAAUUCGUUUCGAUAUCGUGUUUCGUCACAUUGGAAAUUAAGCAUUA